AUGCAAGACGAUUUCUGGAGUGACCAAAUUAUAGGUACACCCAUUUGGGUACAAAUCAUCAUAUUUCGGUGGUUCAGGCAUUUCUUGGAGCGGGAUUUCCUCCUGACCAUUGUCUUCUGGGCAUGGGAAGAGGAUGGCUAUCUCGGCACGGGCUCUCAUACGACGGUCCUCUUCGGAUUCGGUGGGGAGUUGGGAGCAGAAGCUGACGAGCAUCACGCCAAGACCGCCGUAGAGGAGUCUGGAGGUUUUGAUAAAGGAAAUGGAAAAAAUGAGGUCGAUUUGAAUGUAAAGGCGUUAUGUGUCAGUUUGUAA